GUCAGAAGCAGUUAGCUGUCAAUUCCUAAGGCUGUAGCUACGUUUCAUCAUCACGAACAAGGUAAACAAUCCCAACGUUCAACAGAAAAAAACGGCAGAAUGACUGAGCAGGAUGUGGACAAUGAGCUGCUGGAUUACGAGGAGGAGGACGUGGAUGCGGUUGGGGAUCUGGCCGGGGGGGACGUGCUGUCCGUGAAGAAGGGAGGCGUGAAGGGCUCCUAUGUGUCCAUCCAUUCCUCCGGGUUCCGGGACUUCCUGUUGAAGCCAGAGCUGCUGAGGGCCAUAGUGGACUGUGGCUUUGAGCACCCUUCUGAGGUUCAGCACGAGUGCAUCCCCCAAGCGAUCCUGGGCAUGGAUGUCCUGUGUCAGGCCAAGUCUGGUAUGGGCAAGACGGCCGUGUUUGUUUUGGCCACCUUACAGCAGCUGGAGCCAGUCACUGGACAAGUGUCAGUGCUGGUGAUGUGCCAUACACGGGAGCUGGCAUUUCAGAUCAGCAAGGAGUACGAGAGAUUCUCCAAAUACAUGCCAACUAUCAAGGUGGCAGUGUUCUUCGGUGGCCUGUCCAUAAAGAAGGACGAGGAGGUGUUGAAGAGGGAGUGCCCCCACGUGGUGGUCGGAACGCCGGGGCGCAUCCUGGCCCUCAUCCGCAACAAGAACCUCAACCUGAGACACAUCAAGCACUUCAUCCUGGAUGAGUGUGACAAGAUGCUGGAACAGCUUGACAUGCGCAGGGACGUCCAGGAGAUAUUCCGCAUCACCCCCCACGAGAAGCAGGUCAUGAUGUUCAGCGCCACCCUGAGCAAGGAGAUCCGCCCUGUCUGCCGAAAGUUCAUGCAAGAUCCUAUGGAAAUAUUUGUCGACGACGAGACCAAGCUGACUCUCCACGGGCUGCAGCAGUACUACGUCAAGCUUAAGGACAACGAGAAGAACAGGAAGCUCUUCGAUCUCCUUGACGUCUUGGAGUUCAACCAGGUGGUGAUCUUCGUGAAGUCGGUGCAGCGCUGUGUGGCUCUGGCCCAGCUGUUGGUGGAGCAGAACUUCCCAGCUAUCGCCAUCCACCGCGGGAUGCCCCAGGAGGAACGCCUGUCCCGGUACCAGCAGUUUAAAGACUUCCAGAGGCGCAUCCUGGUGGCCACCAACCUGUUUGGCCGAGGGAUGGACAUUGAGAGGGUCAACAUUGCCUUCAACUAUGACAUGCCUGAGGAUUCAGACACCUAUCUACACAGGGUUGCCAGGGCAGGCAGGUUUGGCACCAAAGGCCUGGCCAUCACCUUUGUGUCUGAUGAGACUGACGCCCGCACCCUCAACGAUGUCCAGGACCGCUUCGAAGUCAACAUCAGUGAGCUGCCCGAUGAGAUUGACAUCUCCUCUUACAUUGAACCAACGAGGUAAAGAAGACAAGCUCUAUUGGCCUACUGAAAUUGCCACCGAAUUUGACUCAAUAGCUGAAGUAGGCGUACCAGAUCAGUACAAUCAUUUCCUUAUCCAUUGGCAUUCAUUACAUUGCCUGAAGAAUGACUACAUUUGGACCACUGCAGAAUAGGGCCACUGGUGGAGGAACGUCUCUGAGCAUCGUGUCACUUCUAUUGCCGUUUGUUUAAGUGUUAUUUUGUUGUAUUUAUUUGUAGACUAGGUAGUUCUUAAAGAGAAUUUAAGUUAUGUUUUUUUAUGUUCUUGGAUUGCAAAUUGCUGCAUUUUAUAUUCUAUAAAUGUUGUUUACCAGCCAGAAGAGGUUGUUUAUGAAGGAAAUGAUAUGUGGGAAGUGUUACAGUGUUCUAAUGAUAAAGACAAAUAAAGGUCUGUUCUGUGUGGAUUCA